GAAUGAAUUAACUCCAUGAUUUCACUGAAGUGUGCCCCAUCACAUUCUAAUCAGUUUGGUACUUUCUUCCAGGCAGCCAUAGUGCUGUGUAUGGAUGUAGGCUUUGCAAUGAGCAAUUCUGCUCCUGGAGAGGAGUCUCCAUUUGAGCAAGCUAAGAAGGUGAUGACGAAGUUCGUGCAGCGGCAGGUGUUUGCUGAGAGUAAAGAUGAAGUCUCUGUAGUUCUGUUUGGUACAGAUGAUACACAGAAUACCCUUGCCAGUGGUGAUCAGUAUCAGAACAUUACUGUACAGAGACAUCUGAUGCUACCGGAUUUUGACUUGCUGGAGGAAAUACAAAAUGCAAUUCAACCUGGCUCUGAACAAGCAGACUUCCUGGACGCACUUGUAGUGUGCAUGGACCUGCUUCAAAAGGAAACCGUAGGAAAGAAAUAUGAGAAGCGACACAUUGAGGUGUUUACAGACUUAAGCAGUCCCUUCAGUGAGGAUCAGCUGGAAAUUAUCAUCGCUAACUUGAAAAAAACGGGAAUCUCACUGCAAUUUUUCUUGCCAUUUCCAGUGGAUGAUGAAGAUGGAAGUGGGGAUUUAGGUGAUGGUCGACAUUCUGAAAUGUAUAGAAACUCUUUUCCAAGGAAGGGCUUAACUGAGCAGCAGAAAGAAGGCAUCUGUAUGGUGAGAAAAUUGAUGUUUGCUUUAGAGGAAGGAGGCCUGGAUGAAAUUUACACUUUCAGAGAGAGCCUGGAGCGUCUUUCAAUGUUUAAAAAAAUCGAAAGAAGACCUAUGGCAUGGCCCUGCCAGCUAACUAUAGGUUCUAAUCUGUCUAUAAGGAUCGUGGCAUACAAAUCACUCACAGAAGAGAAAGUGAAAAAGUCGUGGACACUUGUGGAUGCCCAGACCUUAAAAAAAGAAGAUCUGCAGAAAGAGACGGUUUACUGCUUGAAUGACGAUGAUGAAACAGAAGUUCAGAAAGAUGAUCUUGUUCAAGGAUUCCGCUAUGGGAGCGAUAUAGUUCCUUUUUCUAAAGUGGAUGAGGAGCAAAUGAAAUACAAAACCGAAGGAAAGUGUUUUUCUGUGUUGGGAUUCAGCAGAGCAUCUCAGAUCCAGAGGCAUCACUACAUGGGCAGCCAGGUUCUGAAAGUCUUUGCAGCGAAAGAUGAUGAGGCUGCAGCAGUUGCUCUUUCUGCCCUGAUUCAUGCUUUGGAUGAGUUGGAUGUGGUGGCCAUAGUGCGUUACGCUUACGACAGAAGAUCUAAUCCUCAGGUUGGCGUAGCCUUUCCAUAUAUCAAGGAUGCCUAUGAGUGUCUGAUAUAUGUGCAGCUACCUUACAUGGAAGACUUGCGACAAUACAUGUUUUCCUCUUUGAAAAACAACAAAAAGUACACUCCUACAGUGGAUCAGUUAUCUGCAGUUGACUCUUUGAUUGACUCUAUGAGUUUGGUUUAUGAAGAUGAAGAUGGGGAAACAACUGAAGACUUAUUUAAAACCAGCAAAAUCCCAAACCCUCAGUUUCAGAGGUUAUACCAGUGCCUGCAGCAUAAGGCUUUUCAUCCUGACAAGCCACUGCCCCCCAUCGAACAGCACCUUUUAGAGAUGUUGGAGGCACCUCAAGAAGUGAGAGAAACCAGCCAGGCCCCACUUGAAAAAAUAAAGGCACUUUUCCCCCUGAAAGAUGCUGGAAAGAAGAAAGAGCAGAAGACUGCUCAAGAUGUCUUCAAAAACAACAACGAAGAUGAACCCAGUGCUAAAAAAGCAAGAGAGGAAAAUGAAGAAGGUGGCUUUAGCAUCUCAAACCUUGCUGAAGGCAAUGUCACCAGUGUUGGAAGUAUUAACCCAGCAGAAAACUUCUGUGUUCUAGUGAGGCAGAAGAAUGCGAACUUUAAGGAAGUGAGCCGGCAGCUGGCAAACCGCAUUGAACAGUUUUUGGAAACUAAAGGUUUACAGUACUACAUGAAGAGUAUCAACUGCAUUAGAGUUUUCAGAGAGGAGGCCAUUAAGCUGUCAGAGGUGCAGUGCUUUAAUGAUUUUUUGCGGGACCUGAAAGAAAAGGUGGAAGAUAAAACCUUGGCUGAUUUCUGGGAGAUUCUGAUACAAGAUGGAAUUUCUUUGAUCACCAAAGAUGAAGCAGAAGGUAGUUCAGUGACAAGUGAGGAAGCCAAAAAGUUCUUGGCCCCCAAAGAAAAACCAACUGAAACUCCGUCAGUAGCCGGGGAAGGUGGGGAUGUGGAUGAUUUGCUGGACAUGAUGUAAGUGGAUGGACUUAUGGGGAUCUCUGAAGAACUGUGUGGCAGGGGGCACAAAAUUACUAUUGAAGAGAAGAGAGCUCGUCCAUUCUUCUGUUGAUAGAGGUGUCUUGAGAAAGAACAUCAAUUUCAAAGACAUUUUCAUUUGGUUUAAACCGUAGAGCUGACUCAACAGCAGUUAGUAUAAGAGUUAACGUAGAUUAUUUCAAUUUUCUAUACAUUUUCUGUAGUACAUCUUUUUCUAAAAAUAAGUUAUUUCAUACUCAGUACUGUAAAGUUGCUCUGAUAUUUCAGCUUCCAGUUAAAUACCACUAAAUUUUAAUGAGGGCCUGUGUUACUGUCUGAUAUCACUGGCACCAGUAUUGUUUGGAGAGAACAGAACAUGGAGGUCGAAGUGAAAUCACAAGGUAAUAUAAAGGAACUUUUAGUAGGAGUAAAUCAGUAGAUUCCUUCUUCAGAAAGAAAGACACCACUUUUCAUGUUGUCUGUCAGAUCAGGAGAGGGAAAACAAGUGGGUAUUUUGGAUUAAAAAAAAGCUAAAAAAGAACAAUUUUAAAAAAUGUCCAGUCCACGGUGGCAUAAUGUAUUCACUCAAAAUAUAAAAUUGAAUCUACAGUACCCAGCAAAAUAUUUCUUAGAGUGUUGAUUUAUCACAGCAUAUCCAAAUCAGUGAUUAUUCUCUUAUUUUUCUGUUUCACUUUUCUUUCCCAGCCUGGGACAGUAAUAGCGUUGUUUACAAGUUACUUUUCAUUAUACUUUUGAGUCUCUGCCGAUUUCAGUGAGGAUCAUCACCAUUGAUCUGUCACGUUCUCUCUUGUUCGAAUGUAUUUGAAGGCCUUAUUUGCUGCUUGACACAUAUUCAGGUUGUCUCCAGACUUUAACUGGUGCAUUUAUCUUCCCUAUCUCAGUGUGAACACAAUGUAUGAAUGAAUUGUUGUUUCCCUCUUGUUCACUGCAGCAAAUUGUUAAUGAGCAGCAGAGAAAUCUUUCAGAGUUUAAAAAAAUUAAAAGUACUCAACACAUAUGAUUGUGUCCAUAAGACACAUUGCUCCCCACAAUGCUUGACACAACUAGAGUGAAGAUAGGGAAUCAGUUAGGUCUGAGAGAACGCCUGAAUUCUGCUUGGAACCAGUUAUUCCAGUGAUAGACUUUUGUUGCAAACACUUUUUCUGGGAUUAGUUAGUUAGAGCAUUAUUCAUGUUUCAGACUGCCAUCUUGUUAUUUUAACAUAAACAUACCUAUGGAAGGGUGCUGAGACAAUGGAAAUCUGUAAGACCAGGCUGUGCUUAAAAUCGGCUUUAGUUUGGAAUGUCUGCACUUGUAGAAUGACUCUAGGCUCUGGAAACACAAGUGUUUCCUCUCCCUUCCUGGCCACAUGGGAAUGUGUUCUCCCCCCUACUUUCUCAUUUUGGGUCACCCAUAUGGAAGAUGGCCACUCACACUGAGUUCAGAAUGACUUCUGCAGGCUUUCUUCCAAGUUGGCUCUCCAGCUGGCAGCUUUGACUGAUGGCCAAAUCACCAGAGCCUAAGUGUCCCCCAGAAUGUAUUUUUCAUAAUUGUAAAUAAGAAAUAACAGGCUACAAAUCCAUUCGCUUGUCAUGUCAAAUUUCCAUGUAAUCCACUGACUGGCUUUUAGUUUUCAUAUUAAAAAAUGGCUAAUAUAAUA